UAUUUUUAAUUGCAUUCUAUUCAAAUUCAAUACAAUUCAACUUAAGUUUGCUCUCUUUUUAGUUACAUUAUUAAUUAGUUACGUCUGGUUUUAUUGUGGCUAACAUUUUUACUAAAGUAUAUCUACUCAAGAUUUUUACUAGAUAAGCAUAUUUUUUUUAAGUGCCUUGAAUCUUGGCAUAAAAAAAAUGGAAGCUUUAAAAAAAUGUGGUUACAAUGAAGUUGUUGAAUGUCCGUACAAUAAAUCCCAUCUAAUUUUAAAAACAAGGAUUCAAAAACAUCUAAUACAAUGCAGAAAAUCGUAUCCAAAUCAAGAAAAGAGUACGUGUCCAUUUAACACUACUCAUUUAAUAAACAAAAAAGAAUUUAGUUAUCAUGUUGAAAUUUGCCCAGACAGGGCGAGUUUUGAUUUGUAUAAAUAUAAAAUUGACUCUCGGCCCUAUAGUUCAGAAAAUGAAAAUUUUGAUGAAAAUAUGGAUGAACCUAACUCAACCAUCGAUGAACAACCUGUUGAAGAUUGGAGUAAUGAUAAUGUACCUAGUUAUAAUCCCCAGCAAUAUUGUAACAAGCUUCCGCUAUUGAGAACAAAAGUAGGGGGUACUCCAUCUGAAAAGAGAGCAUUUAGGGAAGCUCAACGUGAAGUUUUCAAACAAAAUCAAAAAAACUAAGUCUCGACAUUUUACUAAUCUUUGCUAUUCAAAAGUUUAUGGAAUUUUUUAGUUUUUAAAUUAUUUUGGAUCUAGUUUUUUUUAUUUUGUAACUUUUUGUUUUAAAUUACAUAUAUAUAUUUUUAUUUUCAUCUCUGAAUUUUUUUAAUGCAAUGUAAUGAAUAUAUUUUGAUGUAAUUAAAUUUUUGUAACCAAAAACUUGAAGUGAUAAUAAUUAUAGUGAUGUUUAUAAUAAAAUUUCAA